CUUCUCCCGCUUCUGACUAAUCACCCAAUCUCGCCCGUUCAUUCCUUACCAAUUAAUAUCUCCCAAACGGCGACGUUUCGCCGCCACCGCUCCGGCCCGCUUAAGUUGCUCGACUUUUAAUCACCAGCCCCUGCGACUACCCGUACUGCAACGCCGCGAGACCUCGUGACGUUCGUCACACUGACUCGAGUCCUUAAAAAACCCUCUCCUUCGCUGUUCUUACGCGGUUGAUCACAUUUCUCAUUUCUCGUUUCUGAUUUGCCCCCCUUGCGGGCGUUGUCUGAAGUCUGAAUUCAUACGUAAUAUAUUCGUAUUUUUUUUUUUAUAUCAGAUUUUGUUGUUGCUUUCUGCUUUUUCUUCGCCCGAUUUCUUUCCAUCAGCGAGAAAGUUGGUUCCAGUCUCAUUUGCUUUGAGUCGCUGGUGAGAUGUUCAUAAUCUGGCUUUUUAAUCGCGAUUUCUAAUCUUAAAUAUUUUUUCUGGAUCACUGCGAUUUUUGGGCACAAUUUGGAAAUCUCUGCUUCGCUUGUGUUUUCUGCAUUGCUUUUAAAGUUGGUUACUGUUUGAUGCUUGAAUGUUGCCGAGCUGGGGCUCUGCAUUUGUUUCUUUAGUAGAAUUUGAAAGCAAAUUUUUAGAAAUGGAAGUGGAGAGACUGAAACUUCAUCAAUUUUUGGUUUGUUCUUUUCGAUCCGGGCCGUCAGUUGAGUUACACUCAGAGCUACUCUGUGAAUUGGUGGGACCCGAGCACAUGGCCAGACUAGAUUGGUUCCCUUGAGGUUAAGGAUGUAUGCUAUCUCUAGUAUGGGUGAAGUACUGAAGCUGGAUUCAACUAUGUCCAUGUCCUCGACCUCAAGUGAAUGCAUUCCUAAUAUUAUGUUUAUUGUUGGCAGUUUUAUUGGAGAUUUUAUGAACAUGAAUGGUAGCUGCAGUAGCUUUUUCAAUUGUGUUGGAUUUAUUUCUAGGGUUUGUAAAGCAGAAAGACCCAAAAAUUUGGCACAUUCUUAAUUCUAAUUACUGAUAAAGGUGCAUAUCAAGCUUUACGGGCUAGAUGUUAUCACAGUGGAUGAGAUUAUUGGAAAUACCUGUGGCUUGUAUUGUUUCCAAAAUACUAGCUGGUCAGAAUUGAGACCUCGUAAAAGAGCUCACAUGCACAAAUUAUAAUAUGUUAAUGGUUUUUUUCCGACCAACCCACUUAGCUUACGCAUGUGCUCAAUUUUAUGGGUGGGGUGACAAAAGCCUUUGAGGCUGCUAACGAUAUAACAUACAAGUUUUUUAUUUUAUGGAAAUAAACAGGACAAAUUCUAUAUUCUGAAAGACCAUAAAUGAAGAUAAUUACAUGUGAAUUUUUGAUGUCUUGGUAAACCUUUUGGCUCUUGGAUGGAAUCAAACCUUGAUUUAUUGAAGUUAUAAUCCAGUGUGAUGUUUAUUUCUUUGAGGGAAGCUGGAUAUGAUGCACUUCUCAUAAUAAACCAAAUUCUGCACCUUUUUCUAAAGCAUGGAAGAAAAGAAACAUUUUGAGGUGGAAUUGUUAUUAUAGGAGACAGGUUAACAGGUAUUUUGUUGGAGAGGAAACAGAUUUUGGGUUGAAAAGAUUAAUCAUAUAAUUUGCAAAUGAUUACGUAUGAGCAAGAUCCUGACGUUAUUCGGUGGGGUCUCCAGUUUUUUGAAAGUGAUCCAUAUUCCAAUUGUGGGUAUUGUGAUACCGUUGCAUCAAAUUUUGUGGAUUAUUAUGAUGGAGAGUAUUUCAAGGAAGACCAUUAUGGUGCACAAUGUUGCAAUUUGGAGAAUGGCGAGCUUCUUUUUCAUGCUCUUCAAGAAGACCUUUCACAACUUACAGUUGAAGCACCCGGACCUUCACUUGAAAGUGUAGACCAAUUACAGUCACCUGUCUUUCCACAGGAAUGGCUUGGUCAAUCCAUGGGAAAUUAUAGUUUGGGGCAUGAGAGUAGCCAAGAGGCAGAUGAUAGGAUACUUUCUAAUUCAUGUUCUAGCCCUGGAGAAGAGUCAUAUUGUGGGGAGGACUGGUCAUAUUCUCAAGAGCUAACAGACGAGUACUCUUUGGAUGGUGAAGUGGGCAAGAGAUUGAAUCAGAUGGUUUCUGUUCCUCACAUUCCUAGAAUAAAUGGAGAAAUCCCAUCGGUUGAUGAAGCCACUUUAGAUCACCAGAGGCUCCUGGACAGAUUGCAGUUAUAUGAUUUGGUUGAGCUAAAGGUCCAAGGAGAUGGUAACUGUCAGUUUCGAGCUCUGUCUGAUCAAUUUUAUCGCACUCCUGAGCACCACGAAUUUGUGAGACAGCAAGUUGUAAAUCAGCUUAAAUCUUACCCUGAGAUAUAUGAGGGAUAUGUUCCAAUGACCUAUGGGGAAUAUAUAGAGAAGAUGGCCAAAAGUGGUGAAUGGGGUGAUCAUGUCACUUUACAAGCUGCAGCUGACUCGUAUGGUGUUAGAAUAUUUGUCAUAACAUCUUUCAAGGACACCUGUUACAUUGAGAUUCUGCCAAAUGUUGAGAGGUCAAAACGAGUGAUAUGCUUGAGCUUUUGGGCAGAGGUGCACUAUAACUCCAUAUAUCCAGAAGGAGAAUUGCCUGCAUCUGAGACCAACAAGAAGAAGAAGAGAUCGCGGAUCUCUCGAAACAAGCAUUUGACUCACCAGAUGGAUUCAAAUAAUGACAUGAGCGGAAGUUAUGGAGAAGAUGUUACAGGAGGAACAAUUUCAACCUGAUGCUGGGCUUUGCCUUUCACUCCUUGCCCUUCCAUUGGUGCAACUCUUAUUUUACAUUCUUUUUUCUAGUAGAACUUCUAAACUGCAGAACUCUGCUUGCAAUUUGUUAUUUAAAGUACUCUAGAUUUUGCUUUGUGCGCUUUUAAGUUCAUGCACUAUGGCGUUAUUUGUUUUUGAACGUAAACAUUAGUUUUUGCGAUCUGCAUGUAUGGAUAGCAUUUUGAGUAUUAUUUAAAGAAGGAUUGGAUUCGAAUUCUCUA